AUGACAACGCCACCAGUGCAAAGAAUGACUCCUCCGCAAGCGGAAGAGCUGAAUCCACACCAAUUUGAAGGAAUGACUCCACAACAAGCGGUAGAAUUGAUUAGACAACUUGAGAGAGAAUUGAAUCCACUCCAAUUGGAAGGAAUGACUCCACAACAAGUGGUAGAAGGGAUUCGACAAAAAAGGGAAGCGAAUCGACAACUAAGGGAAGAGAAUCGACAACCAAGGGAAGUGAUUCGACAACGAAGGGAAGCGAUUAUGAGAGAGACCAGACCACAAACGAGAGAAACAACACCACAAAGGAAUGUAGUUCGGGUUCUGUUUUACUCUCUUAUGGCGUGGCAAUUUGCUAUAUUAUUCCUUUGUAUACUUAUAGUUGUGUUCUCCGACUCCUUCGGGAAUCGAGAGAUUAACAUCUCGAUUUAUCUCUGGAUCUGUUAUGCAUUGGUUUAUUUGUGGCUUUUAAAAAAUCGGAUACUUUCCAUAUACGCUUCCUAUCAGCAUAAGGCGCCAUUCUAUUUAAGCUUAUUAUCUGCUUAUGUGUGCAUUGUGACAUGUAUUGCCGCCUUCCAUUCGUUCUGCCAAUCACAGACCCUAACUAUAUUUCAAAUUCUCCUAUUAUGUUUGUUCGCAGUUAUUGGCAGCAUGGUGGAAUAUUUCUGCGUUAUAAUUACGUCAGAAUGGAGCGAGAAAUAG